AUGGUGUUACCCGUCUUGACCUAUGGCGUCCACGCUUGGUACCUCUAUGAGGACAGGGAUAAGCAUGUUGACGUGCUUAAAAAAGUAAGAAGACGAGCCAUAAGGCUAGCCUAUGGCUUAGGAUUCCGGACUGAGCUCUCCGACGCCCAGGAAUCAUCCCUCAAAGGCCUCUCUGAGGUCCUAGAGAAGAUUAUUUCUGGAUGGCAGGUAAGGCGAAUAAUGUCUGGACGUGGUAAAGGUGGCAAAGGAGGAAAGAGUGGUGCAAAACGAUUUCGAAAGAUAUUAAUUGACAAUAUACAAGGAAUUACUAAGCCAGCAAUAAGAAGACUAUGUCGAAGAGGAGGUGUUCGAAGAAUUUCUGGAAAAAUUUACGAGGAGACACGUUCUGUCCUUAAAAUUUUUAUUGAGCAAACUGUUCGUGAUUGUAUUUCUUACACUGAACAUGCCAAAAGAAAAACUGUUAUCGCAAUGGACGUUGUUAAUGCCUUGAAACGUCAAGGUAGGACAAUUUAUGGAUUUGGUGGAUAA